AUGGAACAGGCUGAAUUCCUGCAACAAUAUGGCUUUGUGAAAUUCAAGGUGGAGAUCACCGACGACCUCACCGUGCACGAAACGAUCCGCGCGGCCGCGGAGGAGGCGGGUAUGGACUACACCGAGGUGUGCAUGGCCGUUGCCGACUACAAGCUUGCUCGGUUCGGAUGGAGCGCUCCGGCGUGGCAAGUCAUCUUCGCGAAGAACAAAAUGAAGUUCGACGGCACGCGGAGGGUGGUCGACUUGACGCCGUGCAUAGGGGAAUUAGCCAUCUUCACGCGCCUUCUGAAUCUGAAGAGCGAGCCGGAAUGGAUGCUUGGAGUUUUGCGCGAGCCAGGCCACUAA